AUGGACAUGAGAUGGACUUACCGUGUCGGCGCGCCUGCGUUAAACGCACCUCCCUUCGAUAAUAUAGGAGCCCAAUGGAUACCAGAGUGGAGCGACGGCGUAUUUCGACAAAGCGUAGCCCGCAUUCUUCAGGACGCCCAGGUCCGGGUUCUUGGCUACGGCCUCGUAAAGCGCGUCCGACCCGGCCAGACCCCAUCCCAGACGCCCCUCACGCUACUAGUCACCUCGGACGUGUCUGUGAAUGGACAAUACGCAGCCUGGAAGGUCGCGGUAAGUGAUCUCAGAUUACUCUUCGACAAGGCCAAUCGCGAGGACAUUACGGUUGAGAUUACAGACAUCAGAAAAGCAGACGGAGUACCAUCAGCGCCGCUCACAGAUUGCGCGCCAGAGCUUGUCGCAGCAUGGGAGUGCUAUCGGCCAGCUCUCCUUGAAGAUAUCCAGGAACAACAGUGGCUCACCGCCGACAUCGUCCUCCGUGAAAUCGGAGAAUUGCAUCCAAUACGCGCCCCUACUCUCCUCAUCACCGCACAAGAUGCCGACUCAGCCAUAUGGUGGGACAAAAUCCUACCUCAUAUACGUCAACAACUCCCCCAGGCAAUGGAGGUCGACCUCCUUUACGCACCACACCUGGCCAUGCAGACAUCUGGAGACGAGGAAGAAGCAGAGGAACCGUAUGUACGCCCUGCCAUAUAUUCUACAAUGCAGGACUACGACGCCGUCGUAAAGAUGGGAGCGAGUAUCGGCGUAGAGCAGCCGGACAACAGCGGAACAGUCGGCGCUGUCCUCGUACUCAAGGAUGCGGCGGGAAAUGAGACGAAUUGCGCCUUGACCAACCACCACGUCGUCGCAACACACGAUCCAACGAGUGUCAUCAACCGCGGUAUGUCUGUCGGGGAGUACCUAAGUGUCAACCAUGAGAUCUCGCAAUUAGGUCUAGUCAAGAUCAAAGCCCCAUCCAACCCAGAUCACACGAGGUUCCUGAAAUACAAAGCAAUGGAUAAAUACGAACAUGACCAAGCUGUUGCAAGUUUCGAUAAUCCAUACCACCCUGAAUACGCUUGGGCGCAAAGCAUGGCUGCGGCGACCAACAAAGACUGCGAAUUCCUAGACGCCGACCCGAAUCGUCUUCUAGGCACGGUGAUCGCAUCGUCGGGCUAUCGUGCGCGUAAGAACGACGACUACUCCCCUGUUGAAGCACAAAGACUAUCCACCGUGGUUAACGUACCGGACGACGCCUUCAAGAGGAAGGACGGCACACACCCUCCGACCUUGGCCGACAAGAUUGCUGGUCGCACCCUGAAAUUCGCGCUCGACUGGGCACUGAUCAAGGUCGCCACAGGGCGGACAAUGAGCGACCGUGUUCCCAUUGGUGGUACAGGCAUCAAAGUGCCCAUCGGAGCAGAAGUGACACGAUUCACCAAGAUCAAGCAAACCCAAAGCUUGCAAGUGGCUAAGAAGGGCCGGACAACUGGCUGGACGUACGGACACAUCAACCAGAUUGGCUCACUCUUGAAUCUACGACAUGACUCUACUUCUAUUGUACCGGCAGACAUGGAGCAGCGAUUUGGAACGACGGACGGUGUCAUGCUGGCUUUCGGCGUCAUGCAUGACCGCAAAGGAGAAGAGUUCAUGAGGGCCGGCGACUCCGGCAGUUGCGUACUACUGAACGAACGCAAUAGUAGGAAAGCAACGAUUGUCGGUCUACUCUAUACCUUCAACGAGCAUACGCGCGUUUCUUACAUGAUCCCGUUUGACUUAGUCAUAAAGGACAUAGAGCAGGUGACAGAUCAGAAAGUGGUGAAGCCUGAGUUUGUUGAAUACGAUGCAAGAAUCUGCGUUUUUAAACCAUAG